AUGCCGGUCAAAAGGAGCGCUAAGGUCCAUAAAUUUCAUGAGGGUGCAGGGGAUGAUCAAUUACCCGUGUUCUCAAUUAAUAUUGAGAAAGAAGGAGAAGGAUUGUUUGGACGUAUUGAUGUAGAGUUGCUAGUACAGAAGGCCCCAAAGGCAUGUGAAUAUUUUCUCCAAAGUUGUUCGGGGUCUUCAAAUGGAGAGAGAAAGGGUGCUAAACGAGUUUCUUACAAACAUAAUCAUUUUCUUCGACUUACAAAUGAAGGAUUACAGGUUGGUGAUCGUUCUGGCGUUCGAGCUUCAUCAGCUCUUGAUGUUGAAAACGAAAUUGGUCGUGUAAGUCAUGGAAUGGGAGUAAUUUCACUUUGUCGAUCUUCUUCUUUAUUUGAUGAUUCUUUUUUUUUCUGUUUAACUAACGAUAAAGCUGAACUUGAAUCUUUAGAUAAAAGGCAUGCCGCAUUUGGAAGAGUAGUAGGAGGAAUGGACACUCUUUUUGCUUUACAUGAUGACCUUUUACCUUAUGUGAAAGAGGGAUGUGUUAUUGAAGGAAGUCCAUAUACAAUAUCAGGAAUUCUUCCAAAGAUGAAUACGUAA